GUCAAUUCUGAUGAGAGUUAAGAAUAGUAGCAGGCAAUACUUGUUGUAGCAGACAAGGAACCUGCCAUUUCAUCUUUCCAAUUCCUAAGGCACUGCACCGUCAUUAGUUCAGCUCCCAGCCUCAGGGCAGUUGCAGAGUGACUCUCAGUGUCAGGUGCAAAAGUGGGACUGUAUCAGCAUUAACACUCUUCAAGCAACCCACAUUUUUUAGCACAACCAACAACAAGCCCCUCCAGGACACUCCUAUGAGUCGGCGUUGAAGCAACUUCCGAUGUUGCAACGACAGUGCAAACCCCCAUGACUGCGUGCUCCUUUUGUUGUUUCCCUUGCUGCCGCAAGUCCAAACCCACGAUGCCUAUCGUAGAUGGCAUCCCCGCGGUCAACCUUGGCAAUCCCGAGCCCGACGAGACAAACACAAGGCCACACGAGACCGCCCACGAUGCGGUCGGUCCGGCCCCGUCCCGGUUCAGGCUCCGCAUAGCAGCCGCUUGGUGGAGGUCGCUGCAGUACGUGGGCAUGGCGCUGCACUUCCAGGCUCCCAAGCGGCCACCAAGUCCAUGCUUCACAAGAACCAUUCCCGCGACGAUUUCCAAGGUCAAAGGCGAAGUCACCUUGCAGUUCUACACGCCAGAGGGCUACACCACAGCAGGCACUACGAGCAGGAAAUUCCCCGCCGUCGUCAACUUCCACGGCGGCGGCUUCACCAUCGGCAAUGCCACCGACGACGCCCGCUUCGCUCGUUUCGUCCUCGAGACAUGCCACGCCGUCUUCGUGAGCGUCGACUACCGUCUAAGCCCGGAAAAUCCCUUCCCCGUCGCAGUCGAAGACUCGGCAGACGCGCUGCUCUACCUGAUCCGGUCCGGCCCCGAGCUGCAUAUCGACCCGGCGAAGCUCGCCGUCUCGGGCUUCUCCGCCGGUGGCAACCUCGCCAUCACCGCGCCCCUCCUUCUCGCAGACCACGUCAAGUCCGCCCGGGCAUCCGGCACGCCCAUCCCGGACUACCGCAUCCGCGCCGUGGCGACGUGGUACCCCGUCACCGACUACACCCGGCCGCGCGCCCUGAAGCGGGCCACCUCGGUCCGCCCCGACCAGACCCUUCCGCAGACCUUUACCGACCUAUUCGACGCGUCGUAUCUCUAUCCGCCCCAAUUGAACCUCUCUAAUCCGUACUUGUCACCUAGCAAAGCUACGGAUGAACAGCUGGCCGAGGCCAUCCCGGAGACGGUGAUCUUCUACACUUGUGAGUGGGAUAUGCUGUUGGAAGAAGGCCAAGAGUUCGCCAAGCGGCUGGAGAGGGAGCCCAUCAGCAGGGAGGUGAGGUACAAGAUGGUCCCCGGGGUGCCGCAUGCUUGGGAUAAGAGUCCGAAUCCGAACAAGCCGCCGGAGCUGUCGGAGGAGUUGUAUCGCGAGUGUUGUGGGUAUUUGCGCGAGGCGUUUGAGAGGGCAUGAGAGCCCUGGUGGUUAACCAUUUUUAAACUGAGCUUUGCUGCAUUUUAGCGGGAGGAUAGAAGAUCUCUUACUACAAACUAAACUGGAACAUCAUCGCGCCGAACAUUGCCCAAGACUAUGAACGAGCAGAGUGAGCUGUGGUACCGAUAACCCCCGAAACGAACCUUCCUAGUCUGCCAACCAAGCAGGUUCCCGCCACCAUUACCGUUCAGAG